CGUGAGAAAGCACCAGAGAUAAAUGAUUGUCGUUGGUCAGCUGGUCUUGGUGUAAUAAGUGAUCAAUUUGUGUUUGCUGUAGGAGGUGUGAAUGAUUCAUGUUCACAAUCUGUUAGUAUGCUUGAUGUUUCUUUACAAUUGCCAUCUUGGGUUCCAAUGGCCGACCUGGUAGUUAAACGAAAACAAUUAGGAGUUGGUGUAUUGGAUGAUUGUAUAUAUGCAGUUGGUGGAGGAGAUUACAACAAUCCAUUAAAUAGUGUUGAGGUUUUUGAUGUCAGUAUUCAAAAAUGGACGUUGGUAGCUAGUAUGUCUACUGAAAGAUAUGAUUUGGGUGUUGGUGUACUCAAUAAUCGUUUAUAUGCGAAUACUGAAUAACACAGCAAUACGCCAAUAGGUACAUAAUAAUAUUAGUGAAAUGUAAUUAAAAUUCGGAACAUAUCAAUUUAACUAGGCGAGUGUAUGUUGAAUUGAAUUAAAAAUAUAAAACAAUAAAA